AUGGAAACAUUUCUGGAGGCACCUCUCGAGCCACCAGAAAAGUCCUGCGGGCCCUACUCGUCGCCCUGUGACCCCGUCAGCAGCCGACACGCAGCCAAGAAAAACGCGAUGGGAAAGUACCCAAGCAGAGACGUCAUCCAGCGCCUCGUCGGCGAAAUUGCUUUCCAAUUGGACAGGCGUAUCCUGAAUUACAUCUUCAACGGAUCCCACAUGGAGCGACCCGAGAGAAAGCGAUUCUAUGGAUUCACCAUCGGGAACAUCCCAGAAAUGAUUGACAUGGAGUCCCGGGACCCCACUUCGGGGAUGACGAUUUCGAAAAUCAAGGCCGCUAUGGCUUACCGCCACAAAUACGUGUUCCACCUGCUCCACCCGCAUGGAUACAGGGCGGAGGAUCAUGCUAUGUUUGCUGUCCGCAUUGUCAACAAGUACGGACUCCUGAACGGUCCAUUGGAAAAAACAUUGAAGGUCAAGCUUCUUACGGACGCUGAAUGGAUCCGCACCAUUAUAAAGAAGACCAUCUCCAAAAACGAACUCAAAAGUAUCAACGUCUUCCUUGACUGUCUUGUCUUCAUGGCAAACGAUGAUGGAAAACCACUCUUUAUUUGGUAA